CCUUUUAAACCUAAACGUCUGAGAUAAAUUCAUUUACCAAGGGCCUCUUUAGGAUUGUAUUUCCCGGGCGUUUUGUUCUCGAAUCUGCCAUUGGGAAUACGUAACGUCCAGAUGUAGGGAAAUUAUCUCAAAAAGGGCCUUAGGGAAGGGAUCCUGCCCGCGCAGCCAGGAGAGACGCCGGGAACAUGGCGGCCUCUGGAGCCGCGGGCCUCUCGAGCCUGCUGCACGUCCAGACCCCUCUGGAAUACGCGCUGCUCGACGCCGUCACCGCGCAGGAGAAAGAUAACCUGGUCUACCAGUAUCUGCAGAAGGUGGACGGCUGGGAGCAGGACCUGGCCAUGCCUGAGUUCCCGGAAGGACUAGAAUGGCUGAAUACAGAGGGUUCCAUUUCUAUCUACAAGGAUCUUUGUGGAAAAGUAGUUGUUCUGGAUUUCUUCACUUACUGCUGCAUCAACUGCAUCCACUUGUUGCCUGAUCUUAAUGCAUUAGAACACAAGUACACUGAUAAAGAUGGCCUUCUCAUUGUUGGUGUUCAUUCAGCUAAGUUUCCAAAUGAAAAGGUUCUGGAUAACAUUAAAAGUGCUGUUCUUCGAUAUAACAUCACUCAUCCUGUGGUUAAUGAUACUGAUGCUAUUCUUUGGCAAGAUCUGGAAGUUUCUUGUUGGCCAACCUUGGUCAUCCUUGGACCCCGUGGAAACAUCCUUUUUUCUUUGGUUGGAGAGGGACACAAAGAAAAAUUGUUUUUAUUUACUUCAGUGGCUUUAAAGUUCUACAAGGAGAAAGGGCAGAUCAAAGAUAAUAAAAUUGGAAUAAAACUUUAUAGAGAUUCCUUGCCACCUUCUCCUUUACUUUUUCCUGGCAAAGUAACAGUAGAUAAUUUGUCUGAUAGAUUAGUGAUAGCAGACACCGGCCAUCACAGAAUUUUGGUUGUGAGAAAGAAUGGACAAAUCCAGCACAGCAUCGGAGGCCCCAACAGUGGAAGCAAAGAUGGGACAUUUUUAGAGUCAACUUUCAAUUCUCCACAAGGUGUGUCUAUAAAGAAUAACAUCAUAUAUGUAGCAGAUACAGAAAAUCAUUUGAUAAGAAAGAUUGAUCUAGAAACUGAAAUGGUGAGCACAGUGGCUGGCAUUGGAAUACAGGGUACAGAUAAAGAGGGUGGUGCAAAAGGAGAGGAACAGCCCAUCAGUUCACCCUGGGAUGUUGUUUUUGGAACAUCAGAAGACUCUGGAGAUGAUGUUCUAUGGAUAGCUAUGGCAGGAAUUCAUCAAAUCUGGGCACUUAUGUUGGAAGAUGGGAAACUACUAAAGAAAAGUGACUUGAUAAAAGGAACUUGCCUAAGUUUUGCUGGAAGUGGAAAUGAAGAGAACCGAAACAAUGCAUAUCCCCACAAGGCAAGUUUUGCCCAGCCCUCAGGUCUUUCUGUGGCUUCUGAAGAACCUUGGAACUGCUUAUUUGUAGCAGAUAGCGAGAGCAGUACUGUCAGAACUGUCUCACUGAAAGAUGGAGCAGUGAAACAUCUUGUAGGAGGAGAGAGAGAUCCCAUGAAUUUAUUUGCUUUUGGUGAUGUUGAUGGAGCAGGAAUCAAUGCAAAGCUCCAGCACCCACUUGGAGUGACUUGGGAUAAGAAAAGAAACUUACUUUAUGUGGCAGACUCCUAUAAUCACAAAAUUAAAGUUGUGGAUCCCAAAACAAAAAACUGCACUACAAUUGCAGGUACCGGAGAGGCAAGUAAUAUUAUUAGUUCAACUUCUACAGAGUCAACUUUUAAUGAACCUGGAGGCUUGUGUAUUGGAGAGAAUGGUAAUUUGCUAUAUAUUGCCGAUACAAAUAAUCAUCAAAUUAAAGUGAUGGAUUUGGAAACAAAAAUUAUUUCUGUGCUCUCCAUCAUCAAUUCAGAAACUGCUGUUGUUGAUGGCCCAUUUCUCGAAAAGCAGAAGACAAUAAAACUACCCAAACUUCCUAAAUCUUCUCCAAAUGUUAAGCUUUCACCAUUGACUGUAUCACCUGGACAGAGUCUUCAGCUUAUACUAAGAUUAGAUCUUCCUGCAGAAACAAAAUUAACUGAAGGAGCACCCAGUUUCUGGUUUCUAACAGCUGAAGGUAAUGAAUGGCUUCUUGAAGGACAAACUCCAUCAGGAGAAAUUAGGAGUCUUUCUACACAACCAGUGAUAUCACUGAAGAUUCCACACAGUUGCUUGUCAUUUGAAGUGAUUGUGUCCAUCUGUGUGUGUCUUUAUUAUUGUAGUUCAGACAGCAGCGCCUGUAUGAUGAAAGGAAUUUUAUUUAGUCAGCCUUUACAGAUUGCUAAUACACACCACAGUAACAUGCCUUUAGUAGAGCUGAGAUAUGUGUUUUAGGCAACUAAUCUUCCACAAUGCAGCCAGUCACUUUAACUUAUUGCUCACUAUUUUUAUACAAGCAACCAAACAGAUGGCUUUCCUUCUGUCCCUUAUCACCUAGAGUUUAAGACAAAAUAACUUGAAAUUCAUUACUUUGUGACAGCAUCUGCUAUUGAAGUGAAAUUAUGUUAAUUUUCUACCUAUUUAUUAUGUGGAAAAAUUCAGUUUGUGGACUGGUUAAGUCCUUGAUUAUAGUUUGAAUUAUGGUUCUAUAACAUUACUAAGUUCUGAAAAGAAAAGUCAUGUUUGAGGUCCAUAUUAGAACUAAUAAAAUUAGAUGUAGUUAAUAAGAUAUGAAGUGCUUUAUCUAAUUUGCCUUUAUUAAAUUCCCUAGUAUCUUUCAGUAAAUCUAGAAUACCUUUCAGAGGAACCAAGAUUAGGUCUACAAUUUUGUAAAGAAUUACCUCAAUCCAAAUUAUAGGUUGUUUCUUUAAUUUAAAAUGGUUUGUUGAUCAUAGUUUAAUUUUAAAGAGGAGCUAAUGAAUUUACUCAUUGUUCUCUUCUGUGAAUAUCUGAAUUAUAAUAUGUAUUUAAAAUAUAAAUUUACCUAUUUUAUGCAAGUUCAGUCUGCUGCUCUUAAUACCAUCAUGUUUGCCUUAUGUGAAGAGAAUAGCCUUACAACAAACAAACAAAAAAUGCAGAGAUUGCAUUUAAAUGCUACUGUUUUGAAAGCUACUUUUUGAACUUGGGCUGAAAUACUUAGUUAUACCAAACAAUGAAUGUGGUUCAGCAAAUUUUGUAGUUUUGUUAGGAAAAUUAUGGUAACAUUCAGUUGUUAGACAAUUUCGUAUGUUUGGCAAUUGAAUCAGAUCAACAUGCCGACUCAUGAUAUAUCUAUAUCAAAACCACGAUUAGGAAAGUCAGGAUGUAGAAGAAAUACUAUGUAUUUGGUUGACCUUUUGAUUUCUCUUUUCCAAAGUUAAAAUUCUGCAAAUGUUGUGUUACUUCUUAAACAAUUCUUAAGUAUUCAAAGUAGAAAUGCUCCACUACUAUCAUUAGGUAUAGUACAUUGUAGAAACUAAUUCUUCAUACUGUCAAAGCAGAAUUUAGUUGUUCUGAUCAUUUUUCUCUUCUCUUUUACUAAAAAGAACAGCCUUUGAGCACUUUUAGGACUGCUUUUUUAUUUGUAAGCCAUAAAAGCUUAUACUUUUAUGCCAUUGAAAUAUAUGUAAAAUAUGUACUAGAAUGAGAAUGACAUUUUCACCCAAAAUUAUAAUUUUAAAAAUAUCUUCAAAGCAUUUCCUUUCACCUUUAGUUAAUUGUUGAGAUGGUUUGUCAUCUCUGUUAUUUCCUGCAAAAACUAAAUCUGCUCACAAUUUGAUCAAAUGUCUUGUUCUUCAAAACAUCAAGGGAGCCACAUUUAUUCAUUCAGUUGAUAAAUACUAAUUGAGAUGGAAUAUGAGGAGAUUUGUAUCUGCAUAGCAGUGAUAGGACAUGAAGUGUAAUUAUUUAAGUGCUGCUGGCCCAUUUUUCUAUGUUCAUAAAUUAUUUGUCGGUUUAAAUGGUUAUCUGCUGAUAUAUUUCAUGCUUGAAACUAGUUAAGGAAUUUGCUUAAUCAGGACAUUUGAGUUAGAUUAUUUGCUAAAUCUGUCUAUCCUUUAAAAAAAUUUUCAAAACUGUAUAGUAAAUUUGAAACAAAAACCAUGGAUUUUAUGUCUUAUUAGUUUAUAAAUUUCUUUCAUAAAACACAAGAUAGCAUAAUAUUAUUCCUAUUGUCUUAAGAUUAAAACUUGGCCAGAAAGAACAAUAUUAUCACUUGAUUUAUUUAUUGUAUUUAUCUUUUCCAGUUGGACAGGAUGAGAAUAUUCUGGCUCAAUCAUCUCCUCUUCCAAAAAAGCAUGGACAGUUUCACAUGCUCUCCCAAAGAGAUACUACACUUAACCUACUACUAAUUCAGAAAUAUUUUCUUAUGGUAACUAUAUUUAGAAGUAUAUUAUUUUUAUAUAAUAAAAAUACAUUCAAGAUAUUUAUUUUUAGAAUUAUGAUUUUUUUCUUUUGUUUCUUUCACAUUAGGUUUUUCCCUUUAAUAAUCAUUGAAGCAUAAUUUUAAAAGAUUAUCACCCAGCCAUUUGCAACUGUUUUCUCAUUGAUAGCAUUUAUUUGCCAAAGGCUAAUUGAAUUAGUUAAUAAAUCAUAGCAUACAUUUAAAAAAAACAUUAAAAUAUCUAGUUUUGAAAUGGAUAGAAUUUAUAUAAAUAAUCAGAUUAUAUCAAGUAUCCUACAUAAGGAAGAAAGAAUAGACAAUUUGGAAUAAUAUUUCUUCUGUUUUGCUGUGUUCACUGCCUUUUGAACAUCUUUACUUUUUGCUUUGCAGCUGCUUAAUUUAAUUUUCCUAGAAAAAGUAUUGAUAAAUAACAUUUUGAUGAAAAGAGAUGGAACUACAUGCCCACAUUAAGGUAUUUGCUUAUAUUUUUGACAAAAUAAAAUAAAAGAUUCUUUUUACAAGGUCAAAUAGAAGUAGUACUUAUACAAAGUCAUUCUAUUGAUCUGUAGCCAUGUUGAUUUUUAAAAAAAAAUCUUUCUUAAUAGCUACAUCACCUAGAUUAUUUGUAAAAUUAUCUUUGAUUUUAUACACAAGAACUAACUCAGUAUUACUGUAGUUUGUGCUAAAAAUGUGUUUCUUUUUUGUAGUUAUUUAGUAAUUUCUGACUGUUCAUGACUCUAUUUGGGGUUAUCUUGGAAAAGUGGUUUGCCUUUUCCUUCUGCUGCUGCUCAUUUUACAAAUGAGGAAACUGAAGCAAAAAGUGUUAAGUGAUUUUCCCAUGGUUGUGUAGCUAGUAAAUGUCUAAAGCCAACCUUGAACUCAAGUCCUUCUGACUCCAUCCAUUGUAUCACCUAGCUACCCUGAAAAGAAAUAUUUAAAGUAUACUAUUGUCUUUGUUAAAUGCUUAAUCUGUUUACAAAGAAAAAGCCUUACUGAUUUUAAAUAUAGGGUUGCAACAAAUAGUACACAAUAUACUACAGUGAUACCUUGACUCACUUUAAAAUUAUCAUUCCUAAUAGAAGAGAAAGUUGAAAAUUUUGAACUUCUAAAUUUUUUAUUAUAGUGACCUCUUUAUAGUGUUAGUACUCUUCUAUCUCAGUAUCAUUUGUCCUUGAUAAAAAAAAGUCAAAGUCAGUUAUAUCAUAGAAAUAAAUAAGGCUUUUUAUGCAGUAAGAAAAUAUGAAAUGAUAGUGAAAAAAUUUUAAAUCCUUGCAAUAAACCAUAUAUAUAAUAAAUAAUAUGUUUUUUUUUCUUAACUUCUGGAACAACAAAAAAAAUUCAUUGGUCUAUAUUUAUAUUCAAGCUAUUUAUUAGUUUACUUUUAAUAACUAUCACCAAUAUUUAACUGGUUUAACUCUAUUUUUGACUGAAUUUACAUGUAAAGACAGUUCUAAGUAGAUGAACAUAGUAUAAUUCUCUAUCUUUGGGCAUCCUCAAGAUAGCCUAUAACAAAGUAAAUAUUUUACAGCUUUUUAAAAAAAAUCACAUUCAUAUCGUUGAAAAAAACUGCCUGUUUUGUGCUCUCUUAUUAACUAGUUUCAGCUUUCCUAAUCUAUAUUUUGGAGAAAUAUGAAAAAAGGAAUUGGUCUUUCCAAUUUUGGUCUAUCAUUAUUUAUUUGCUAUAUCAUAAUGCCCUAGUUGCAGAACUGUUGUGUCUUUCUAGAAUGUCCAAUAAUAAACUCCUCUUUUGUAGAAUCCAAAGUAGAUACAUCUCAUUCUGAAUUUUAUAGCAAGGGUUAGGAUUUUAUCUAUUAUAUGUAGAGAUCCAAAUAAGAAAUUAAUCAAUCAUAUAUACUUUUCUCAAAUGAAAAAGUUAUAUUUUCUAAAAUUUAGCUCUAAAGAGAAAUAAAGCUCCUCCUUUUAUAUUUUUCUAAAGACCUGAUAAUAAAGUCAGUGUUAGCCAUAGACUAUAAAUAUGUCUAGUAAAAAAAAAUACUUAGAAGUGAUUUCCUAAAGGGAAAUCUAAAAUACUGGCAUUUAUCAUACCAUUGACACUGCAUUUGAAAAAUUAGUAUUUUUGUUACAUUGUCUCCUGAACUUUGUUAAUGUAGCAUUCGGGGUCUGAAAUAGCUCAUUUUAAUCAGAUAAUUCAUUCCUUAGAGGUUUUGUAGCCCUUUUUUUCUAAGAUUAAUACAAUGUCUAAAGCACUAUGAGAGAUUUUACAUUAUUGGCAGAUAUAUCUAGUUCUUACUACCUCCCCUUGUGGGGUUCAAUAACUUUCUGAUGUAAAAAUUCUAAUAUUAAUAUUUUAAUUAUGCUUAGAAAUAUAAUUAAGACCUUGUUAUAAAGACACACUUUAAAAUGAAAUCUGAAGAUAGGGUUGUUUGGAAUUCUUAGACUUUCAUGAAUAUUCAUAUAAGAAAAGUUUUUUAAAAAGCGAAAGAGAUCUAGAAACUGCUAGUUGGCCAACCUGUUAAUACAUUUUCAAAAUGCCCAGAUUUUAUGUGUGGAAUUGUAUGAACUGUAUUACACAAAUAAAACAGAUAUAGAGUAACUGGCCUUCUUCUCCCUUGUUCCUACCCCCAUGACAAAUCAGCAUGUGAUAGUGAUCCUGAUUUCUCUUUACUAUUACUUCUUUGUCCCUUUAAUUAUUAGGCCUUCUCCCAAAACAAGGUAGUGCCUAUUAAAUUGUCAUUCAAAAUCACCCAAUGAAACCUUUUCAAUUAUCAGCUCAUUGUGCUCGCUCAUAUAUAUGGUCUUCAAGACUGACUUCAUUAAUUCUUGUCACAAAGCCCUGGUCCAAAAAUCAGCUUGAAUUGAUAUUAUUUAUGUUUGUUUUUAUUUUAAUAAAUUUUCUAUGUAAGUUUUCUGAAGUUAUAUGAUCUGUAUUCUCUCUCCCUCCUUUUCUUCCCCCUCCUGGAACUGACAAGCAAUUCAGUCUGGGUUAUACAUGUAUUGUCACACAAAACAUUAUUAUAUAUUAUUAAUUUUUAGUGAAUUAUCUUAUAAAACCAAAUCCCCCCCAAAAUAUACCUGAAUAAACAAAUGAGAAAUCAUAUGUUUUCAUCUGUAUUUUUCCUCCAACAAUUCUUUCUCUAGAGGAGGAUAGCAUUCUUUUUCAUAAGUCCCUCAGAAUUGUCCUUGAUCAUUGUAUUGCUGUUAGUAGCAAAGUCUAUCACAUUUGAUCAUUCCACAGUAUUGCAGUUACUGUAUAUAAUGAUCUCCUGGUUCUGCUUAUCUCACUCUGCAUCAGUUCACAUAGGUCUUUCCAGCUCUUUCUGAAAUCAUCCUGUUCAUUAUUCCUUCUAGCAUUAGUAUUCCAUCACCAUCAUAUACCACAAUUUAUUCAGCCAUUCCUUAAUUGAGAGACAUUCCUUUAGUUUCCAAUUCUUUGUCACCACAUAAAAGAGUAACUAUAAAUAUUUCUGUACAAACAGGUUCUUUCCCAUUUUUUUUAGAAUUGAUAUUUUUUUAAAGAGUUAUUCUGUGGUGGAUUCUGGACUACUAGUCCAGAGACCAUUAUCAGCUUAUGUGACCUUAGGCAGAGCAUUUCAUCUUCUUGGGCCUCAGUUUUCUCAUCUGUAAAAAUGACAGCAAUUCCAGAUCUAACUUGCAGUGGCAUUCUGUGGUUACAGGCAGUUCAGGUAAAGCUUUCAACCCAUCAGGUAGAGAAUAGUUAUAAGCAAGAUUCCCUUCCCUUAUUCUUACCUAAUAUGAUUCUUUGAAAUGAGAUAACUGGACCCAGCAAUAUGUUAAUUUGGUCAAAAUCUUUUUUUUCAAUUUCAUUCAAUAGAAUGAUUUAAAAAGAUAAUUUUAACAGAGCAUUAAUCUCAUGCCCUGUGUGUUUAAUCCCCACUUAACUGUAAUCAAUGUACCUUUCCAGUAUUAGAAGAGCAGGUCAGACUAGCUGCUGCUGGUUCUCAGGCAGCUGUUUUGCCUGUAGAUAGCUGAAGUAAAAUAAAGUGGCCGUCUCUCUUCAGUUCUUCACAAUGCACUCUCCUUAGUUCCUAACAUUUGAUUUGGUUUAAUUAUUUUCAAAGGUCAAUACCAUGAAGUCAGAGUUGGAAAGUUAAAACUGCAGAUACUUGUUGUGGAAUGUUUGCCUAGCUAUAGUUAGCCAUUGUUUGAUAUGUACCUCUUCUUCACUGGCAUGCUGCUUUCAAGUAUAGCUGAGGACUUUUUGUUCUACAGAAAACCCCAGGACUAAAAGGAAAAAUUAUAGGUAUUUCUAAAUCUGCUUCCCUAUUUGGACUACCAAUUAUAUGCCUUUAAAAAAAACCCAACAACUUCAGCCAUAUGUCCUUCUAACAGUUUAACCGAAUUAACCCAAGUUAGUUUUCUUCAGGUCUCUGUAGCCCUCGGGUGCCUGAGUGAUUUAUAAUUAAGCAAGAUUGAGCAGUUCAGGUUUGUUUGUUACCUGAAAUACUUAAAAUUGCCAUCAUAAUGUAUGAAUGCACAAGACUAAUGUAAUGCACUGUGCUUUCUCCCAUCCCCCAAUAACCUGGAGUAUAUUUAACAUUUAAAAGAAAAGCAAAAUAUCAGGAUCUUGAAGCAGGAGAACAAGUAUUUAUUGCAUUUGCUUGGCUUCAUUUUAUUUGAAUUCUCAUAAGUAGUUGAACAAAAACUGAAUGAUAAGGGAGUAAGAAAAUGCUUGACUUAAAGAAGCCUUAUGAGACACUGCCAUGUAACAAAAUAUGCAAUUAUUGGUAUUUUGCCAGUGUUUGUACCAGUGGGGGAAGUAUUCAGUGGCUUUAUGCAAUAAGUGUACCCACUGUUUCGGCAACAACUAUUUUUUUCUGAUAAAGGAUUGAAAUGUCUCCCUAACUAAAUAUCACUAAUUCAGUCAUUUAGACUGACUUAUCCAUUUAAAAACGCUCCACUGUUUUCUGAGCAUACCCUCAAUUUUUACACAGCCAUACAAAAUAUUUUACUAGUGUAUGUUCAUAUUUGAGGAGAGUAACUGGAUAUACAAGCACCAAAGAAUAACAGGAUUGCUUUUUUGUGAGUUUGCAGUGAUCAUAUUUCAAUUAUCCAUGAGGAAUCAUGGCAAAUAUGAACAGAUAAUUUAUAUUGAAAAGAGAAGUAUAAGUGUAUUUAUAUCACCUUAAGUUUGUGUUUUAUUUAAGUAUUAAAUGACUCUCAAAGCAUAUGCCAAUUGACAGUGGUGUGGCAGCAGGAAGCCACCUAGGCUUUUUAAAAUUGCUGUAGUUAAUCCAGCUAUGGAUAAUGGAUAAUUUAAGAUUGACUCUGACUUCUUAUUAUUAUUUUAAUUUGAACAAUUUGGAACAUUGCUGCAAAUUGCAUCUGUGAGCUGUACAAAUUGGGGAGCCUUAGACUUUUCCCUAUUGUUUAGGUUAUAUAAAAAGUUAAGAAUUUUGUUUCUGAGCAUACAGUUGGACUGUUAUGCUGUCUUUUUCACAUCUCUCAUUCCAAAGGUUUGAUUGAAAUAAUUUUUUUUUAUUUUGUUCUGCUCUCCAAAGAUAAAAUGCAGCAAAGUUCUGUUUAAAUAGGACACAGAGGCUAGAAACAUAUGAUGUUAUCUUUGAACAGACUUGUUCUAAAAGAAUAUAUGCUGUGUAUUUGUAAAGUACUUUAUGUGGACAGAUGAAUAUUUUUAUAUUGUGCUAUUCAUUUUAAUAUUUCUAUACUUUCGAGCUGGUGUUCUUAAUUUUCAAUAUGCAUUUUUAAAGCCAUGUAAUAAUGAAGUUGAAGACUGCUGUGAAAGAACAGUCUUUAUUACUCAAUCAGAGAAGUAUAAAACUAGUGAUUGACCUGUUUUAGUAGUAUGCUUCUAUUGUAAGCACUAAAAUCAAAUGUCUCUUUUUCUAAAGCUUUGUACUUUUUUUCAUUAAACAGAUGAAAUAUUUUCUCUCUAA